UGGACUCAUUACCUGAACUGUAAGCGAACAUGGAGAAGAUAGAGCACACCACAGUGACCACUAAUGGCAUAAACAUGCACGUGGCAUCGAUUGGUUCUGGCCCGGUUAUUAUUUUCUUGCACGGCUUCCCGGAGCUUUGGUACACUUGGCGCCACCAGCUUCUUUCACUGUCGUCCCUCGGCUACCGUUGCGUGGCUCCUGAUCUCCGUGGGUUCGGCGACACCGACGCUCCCUCUUCCGCGGCUUCGUACACCGUUUUCCACAUCGUGGGGGAUCUCGUGGGCCUCCUCGAUGCUCUCGGUGUUGACCGAGUAUUUUUGGUCGGACAUGAUUGGGGUGCGAUGAUAGCUUGGUCUUUUUGCCAGUUCAGGCCCGAUAGAGUAAAGGCUCUGGUGAAUCUGAGCGUUGCGUUUCGGUCUUGGAACCCUAAGGUCAAGCCCGUGGAAGGGCUCAGGGCUUUGUUUGGCGACGAUUACUAUAUUUGCAGGUUCCAGGAACCUGGGGAGAUUGAAGACGAUUUUGCUCAGGUGGACACCAAAAAACUUAUUAAGAUUUUUCUUACAUCUCGCAAUCCAAAGCCGCCCCGUAUACCUAAAGAAAGAGGGUACAGAGGGUUGCCUGAUCCCAAGCCCUUGCCAUCUUGGCUUUCAGAAGAAGACGUCGAUUACAUUGCUAGCAAAUUUAAUCAGAAGGGUUUCACCGGAGGACUGAACUAUUAUCGAGCUAUGAAUCUAAACUGGGAACUUACUGCACCAUGGACCAGAGUAGAAAUCAAAGUACCAGUCAAAUUCAUCGUAGGGGACCUGGAUGUUACCUACCACGUACCUGGUGUCAAGGAAUACAUACACAAUGGUGGAUUCAAGAAAGAUGUGCCGUUCUUGCAGGAACUAGUUGUCAUGGAUGGAGUUGCCCAUUUUCUCAACCAAGAAAAACCCGAGGAGAUCAGCAUGCACAUUUACGACUUCAUUAAGAAAUUCUGAUUCUUUCCCUACUUCGGUAUGUUAUUUACCAUUUAGUUCCAACUCUAAAAUAAUGUGUUGAGACAUUGCAAUACACCUGCUCUGUCUUUGAUGAUUUGUACCUAGACUAUUGCUAUUACUGUAGUGCUUUGUUUAAGCUUAUGGAACUCAGAGUAGAUUAUUGCAUAUAAGAAAUACAGAUGCUGAAUUAAAGGGGGGGGGAAUGAAGGGCUACAUUG